CCCAUCUUUUUUCCCUUAUCUAUUUCGUGGUUAGGUGAUAUUGUGUGCGAACAGUUGCCUACAGAACUCUGCUCGUUCUCGAUUGCGUCCAACGGAAGGCGAUGCGUCCUGGAGAACUACGUGAGCCCAACGGAUCGGAAGAUGGAAUACGAAUGCAAGACCUCUCAGGUGGCUGUGGAUAUCAUGCACGAGUGGAUCGAGACCGAUGAUUGCACCAGCGCCUGUGGAGUGGAUAGGGAGUCUGUGGGCAUAUCUUCAGAUGCUCUCCUUCAGCCUCACUUCACUGCCAAGCUUUGCUCGACGGCAUGUUACCUCAACUGCCCUAACAUUGUUGAUCUUUACUUUAACUUGGCACUCGGAGAAGGUGUUUAUUUGGCGAAUCUCUGCGAGCUGCAACGAAGAAAUCCGAAGCGGGUCAUGAGAGAGGUCCAAAGUUCCGGCGCAGCAUCUGGUCCCAUCAGCACCGCGCCUAAGGCGAGUCAUGCCGGUGAAUAUUAUGAGAUUGGAUAUGCCCCUGCUCAAGCUCCAAUGUAUUAGUAGUGGUCAGAGUAAUAUAUAUUUUUGUGUUUGUGGUUGUAUCUGUCAAUUGCUCUAGCUUGCCAUGUAUUUGCCUAU